AUGGUGGACUCAUUUAAUGAGCAUAAAGUUGAUACUACUCUUUUGAACAAACGCAUUCAAUUCGAGGAUCAGCUAGCUACAGUUCGUUAUGUUGGGCCUGUUCCACCUACAAAGGGAGAGUGGCUUGGCGUAGAAUGGGAUAACGUAGUAAGAGGGAAACAUGAUGGUCUUCAUGAGGGCACGCGCUAUUUUACUUGUAGUGUAUCCAAUAGCGGUACUUUUAUCCGUUUUUCGCCAAAGAUAAAUACAGGUCGUAGCUUCGUCGCUGCUCUCAUUAAUAAAUAUAUUGAAUACGAUGGUGAUGGAAAGAUACAAGGGAAUGAAGAAGAGACGUAUGAUGCUCAAAAGGAUUUAGACACGCUUUAUUGGGCAGGAAAUACUAAAAUCGAAGUUGAAGCAUUAGGAUGGGACAAAAUUCGUCGUAAACAACGAAAAUUAGACCUGUUGACUGAAGUUGGUCUUUCUUUUGAGCAAAUAUCAAAUGCCGGUAACCUUGGAGAAAUUGAAGCUACAUGUCCAAAUAUCAUUGAUUUAAAUUUAUCAAAGAAUUUACUGUCAGACUGGGAAACAGUUGCCCAUAUAUGUCAGGAACUCAAAAAGUUGGAGGUAUUACGUUUAAAUUAUAAUCGGUUUCAACCGCUAAAGAGUGUACCAAAUUUUUCAAAUGCAUUUUUAAAUUUGAAAAAUCUCUCUCUUAAUCAUACUCGGAUAUCUUGGGAUCAGAUAGAACUUCUUGAACCAAGUUUUCCAAGUUUAGAAAACCUGCAACUUGGUUUUAAUAAUAUCAGAUUAUUGUAUAAUAAUGAGAAUGAAAAGGAAAAUCAUCCAGUAAAUAAAGUUAAAGGAUUUGUAAAAUUAAAAGUGCUUAAUCUUGAAUCUAACGGUAUAGAUAGUUGGGAUACAAUUGCAUUUUUCUCGGAUUUGCCUUGUUUGGAAACUCUUUUUCUCAAUAAUAAUCUAAUUGAGCGCAUUUUUUAUACAAAGGAAAAUGAAAAUAGUAAAGGAUUUUCAAAAUUGCAAUAUUUGAAUGUUAAUGAAAACAAGAUCAACGAUUGGAAUAGUAUUGAUGAACUCAACAAAUUUCCUUCAUUAAAUGAGCUACGAAUUAAAAAAAAUCCAUUUCUUGACAACGAAAAACCUACUGAGGCGAAUAUGUCGAUAAUUGGCCGAAUCAAGGGUCUAUCAGCGUUAAACGGCAGUAUUAUAUCUUCAGGGGAUAGAGUUGACGCAGAAAGAUUUUAUCUUAGAGUAUGUGUAAAAGAUCUUAAAAAGACUCCAGAAGAAAUAGAAAAAGAGCAUCCGCGAUUUAAAGAAUUAUGCGAACUACACGGUACACCAUUUGUUGAUGAGAUAAGUAUGAAAGCUACCAGCAAUGUUUUAAGGGAUCGUUUAUUAGCACUCACAAUCACUUCUCGGCCAUCCCUUGAACAAGAUCCUAUAAAAAAGAUUUCUAAAAAACUUUUAGGAACAAUGGAAAUACGAAAUUUGAAAAAUUUGCUUCAAAAACUCUUUGGAAUACCAGCUUCGCGACAGCAAUUAUUUGCAGUUACCAAUUAUCAAACAGAAAAAGGUACAACAGUAUUAAAAAUGGAGAUGAAUGAUGACUUGCGUCAAUUAUCGUAUUAUGAUAUUUCAUCUGGUGACGAAAUCGUUAUUCUUUCGAAUUAA